CUCUCUCUCUCUCGUUCAUCUAAGAGUGAAACCCUAGCCGCCGCUUAUCCUUUCCUCAGUCUCUCUCGCUCUCAUCAGUCGUGGGGGUCUUCUCCAGGAAGUGAAGCCUUCUCCAGUCGAAAUGUCGUCCCAAGAUACCUUGGAAUGCUGAUGAUGAAAUGCUACGGCUUGUGUAGUUUUGUUCAGGUUGUUAACCGGUAUAUUGAUGAGGGUGUAGCAGAACUUGUCCCUGGAGUUCUAUUUAUUGAUGAGGUACACAUGCUGGAUAUGGAAUGCUUUUCAUACUUGAAUCGUGCAUUAGAGAGCUCACUAUCCCCUAUAGUAAUCUUUGCUACAAAUAGAGGAAUAUGCAACGUAAGGUAUGAAACUCUUGUUGACCUUCAAAUUUUUUUGAGAUCACUGCCUAUAUCAUAUUGUGGACCUUAGUAAGAAUAUGGGAGUCACCGUUCACAAGUCGGAAAAGUUUUUGCAGAAAUUGAAUGCACUCAACUGUAUAAUAAAAAUGCUUGAUAUAUUUCUUGGAUAUGUCAUCACUUCACCUUCAUUCUGGCCUUAACAAGUAAUUUUUCCAUCUAUGUCAUAAAAGUAUUUCGUGUGAAAGGAUGACUCUUCACUUGAAACCCUUAAAUUUGGGUCAAAACUUGAUGAAUAAUUUUGAUUCGUUAGUUACAAUGGCCUGUAAAACUUUAUGUAAAGGCUUUUCUUUCUUUUGGAAG